AUGGUCCACUCAAACUUCAAGCUCGCCGAGCCAUCCCUGCUCCUCACCAAGGGCUGGAUCAACGACGAACAGGUCUCCGCAGCGUCAGGUAAGACGUUCGAUGUCAUCGACCCAGCCAACGGUGAUGUCUGGACCUCGGCGCCCGCCAUGGACCAAGUCGACACGGACAAGGCGAUCGCGGCUGCUACCGAAGCAUUCAAGUCGUUCUCACAGGUCACGGCGCGCCAGCGCGCCCGCAUGAUUCUCAAGCUCGACGAGCUCGUGCGCGAGCACAAGGAGGACCUCGCGCAGCUGCUCGUCAUGGAGUCUGGCAAGGCGCUUGUCGAGGCCCGCGCAGAGGUCGACUAUGCCACAACUUACUCAUGGCUCAUGGCUGGCGAGGCUGAGCGCAUCCAGGGCGAGGCAAUUAAGGCCAAUGACAACCCCUCGAUGCGCUUCUUCACCCAGAAGGUGCCGAUCGGUCCCGUCGCCCUCUUGUGUCCAUGGAACUUCCCGCUGGUUAUCGUGCUGCGCAAGAUGGCGACAGCGCUCGCUGCCGGAUGCACGAUGGUGAUCAAGCCGUCGCCUGAGACACCGACGACGACGCUCGCCCUCGCUCUUCUCGCACAGAAAGCCGGCGUUCCCAAGGGUGUGGUCAACGUCGUGACUGCUUCCAACGAGACGACGCCCGAGGUCGGAAAGAAGUUGUGUGAGGAUAAGCGGAUCAAGAAGGUUUCGUUCACGGGCUCGACGGCGAUCGGCAAGCUCCUCAUGUCACUGUGCGCGCCGUCUCUCAAGAAGAUGACGCUCGAACUUGGCGGUAACGGCGGGUGGGUGGUGUUCGACGAUGCCGAGCUCGAAAAGUCUGCCGACGCGCUCAUGGCCAACAAGCUGCGUCACGCAGGCCAGGUAUGCGUGUGUGCGAACCGCGUGUUCGUGCAGAAGGGCGUAUUUGACAAGUUUGCCGCUCUCGUCGAGGAACGUAUGCGCAAGCUCAAGUUCGGACACGGCCUCGACCACGACUCGACCAACGGACCAGUGACGACUGAGCGUGGUGCUGCGCGCGCGGUCACGCUCGUCGAGGACGCAGUCAACAACGGCGGCAAGCUCGUCAUGGGCGGUAAACGCUUCGGUACCGGAUACCUAUUUGAGCCGACGCUUGUGCUCGGCGCUGGCCGCGAGGCGCAGGUGUACCGCGAGGAGAUGUUUGCGCCCAUCGUCUCGCUGUACCCGUUCGAGGACGAGGACGAGGUGGUCGAGCUGUGCAACGCCACCGACAUGGGUCUCUCCAACUAUGUGUGGACACAGAACAUUAGCCGCGCAUGGCGCUGCUUCGAGCGCCUCGAGAGCGGUACCGUCGCCAUCAACACUGCUAAUGCCAACACGGCCGAAAGCCCGUUCGGCGGCAUCAAGGAGUCGGGUAUCGGCAAGGAGGGUGGCCUGCACCAUGGUGUUGAUGAGUUCUGCGUCAUCAAGGUGGCCGCGAUGACUGUUUGA